UAAGUCUUGUAUUAUUAGUAGAAUUUUUUAAUUCGCAUUUAAUCAAAUUUCGUUUGUGUAAUUUGUUUGAAAUCUCAAUCAAAAAAGAAAGAAAAAUUCAUCGGUUAUAACCUUAAAUAAAAACGUUUGAAAAUUUUUAUAAUUUUUACAAAUUCGUUAAAUUAAAUUGAACUGUAUGUCUACUACAACUAACAUUCAAAAUCCUCUUAACCUCCGAAAUUUCGAUCCAUUCGCUGAUGCGUUUAGAGGUGAUGAUACUGGUACUCAAGACGGUCUAAUCCAUAUACGGAUUCAACAACGAAGUGGCCGUAAAACAUUGACUACCGUACAAGGUAUUGCUGACAAUUUCGAUAAAAAGAAAAUUGUUAAAGCAUGUAAAAAGGAAUUUGCCUGUAAUGGCACUGUUGUGGAUCAUCCAGAAUAUGGUGAAGUGAUCCAAUUACAAGGCGAUCAACGAAACAAUAUUGUCGAGUUUUUGACUAAAAUUGGCAUUGCUAAAUCCGAACAAUUGAAAGUUCAUGGUUUUUAAUUGAAAAAAAAACAAUCAAGAUUAUCCAGAAAAAAAUUGCA